AUGGAGCCACAGGGCAGGCCGAGGCAGGAAUGCCGCUUUUACGAAAAUAGGUUCCCGGAGGUGGACGAGGUGGUCAUGGUGCAAGUGAAGCACAUCGCGGAGAUGGGCGCGUACGUGUCCCUGCUGGAGUACAACAACAUCGAAGGGAUGAUUCUGCUCUCAGAGCUCUCCCGGAGGCGCAUCAGGUCCAUCGCGAAGCUCAUCAAGGUCGGCCGCCAGGAGCCCGUCAUGGUGCUGCGCGUGGACAAGGAGAAGGGUUACAUCGACCUGUCGAAGCGCCGCGUGUCCCCGGAGGAGGCCGCGCAGUGCGAGGAGCGCUACAACAAGUCCAAGCUCGUCCACUCCAUCAUGCGCCACGUCGCGGAGGUCACGCCGGGCGCGUCGCUGGAGAACCUGUACACGACCAUCGCGUGGCCGCUCUACAAGAAGUUCGGGCACGCGUACGAGGCGUUCAAGCGCGCCGCCACGGAGCCCGAGCUCGUCUUCGGCGGCCUCGAGAGCAUCGACGAGGAGGUCAAGCAGACGCUGCUGAAGGACGUGAAGCGGCGGAUGACGCCGCAGCCGCACAAGAUCCGCGCGGACGUCGACAUGACGUGCUUCCAGUACGACGGCGUGAUCGCGAUCCGCGAGGCGAUGCGCGCCGCGCAGGCGUGCGGCACCGAGGAGGCGCACGUGGAGAUGAAGCUGAUCGCGGCGCCGCUGUACGUGCUCACGACGCAGACGCUCAACAAGAGCGAGGGCCUCGCGGCGCUCGAGAAGGCCGUCGCGGAGGCCAAGCGCGUGAUCGAGUCCAAGCGGGGGAAGCUGGUGAUCAAGGAGGCGCCCAAGGUGGUCACCGCGGAGGACGACCGCGCGCUGCUGGAGCAGAUGGCGGCGCUCGAGGCCGCGAACCGCGAGGUCGACGGCGACGCGGACGGCAGCAGCGACGAGGACGACGGCAUGACGUACGACGAGAAGGGGCCCGCGCUCGCCGUGCAGGGCUGA